AUGGGCAGCCCUGGGCGACUGUGCUCUAGGGCAUGCUGGAGCAUUGUUCUCUUGCAACUGCUCUUCAGCACCUUUGUUUUAUCCAUGCCAGCUCCGCUGGUAGAUCCUCUUGUCAACAGCCUCGUCACUCUUUUGAAGCCCAAUACUCUUCUCAGCAAAAACAGUAUUCUGGCGAAGACUGUCACUUCGGACUUUCCGUAUUGCUCCACAACCUAUAUGGUCGCCGCUGGUGACAACUGUUACCUCAUCGGUCAAAAAAAUAGUAACCUUACACCCGAAGAAGUAAUAGCCGAAAACAAGGGCAUCAACAGUGGAUGCACAAACUUACAAGUUGGCCAAACUAUCUGUGUCGACCCGCCAUCCACCGCUAUGAAGGCGUAUACCUGCGAUACGAGUGUCCAGGCUAAUAUGUGGCAGUCGGGUGACUGCUCCAUUUACUCUGCCAAUAUAGAACAAUUCCUACGCAUGAACCCGGGAGUCAACAAAGACUGCACGAACCUGGCAUUGGGUCAAUGGGUAUGUACUGUCCCCAGCGACCCUAACCUAGGCGAUACCAGUUCAGGCGCCACUUCGAACAACCAGGGCACCCAGAACACUACUCCGAACCAGAACACUACUCCGAAUCAGAACACUACUCCUAACCAGAACACUACUCCGAACCAGAACACUACUCCAAACAACCAGGACGCUACUACAAACAACCAGGGCACCCAGAAUACUACCCCGAACCAGGGCACCCAAAACACCACUCCAAACCAGGGCACCCAGAACACCAUUCCAAACCAGGGCACCCAGAACACCACUCCGAGCAACCAGGGCACCCAAAAUACUACUCCGAACCAGGACACCCAGAACACCACCCCGAACCAGGGCACCCAGAACACCACUCCAAACCAGGGCACCCAGAACACUACUCCAAACAACCAGGACACCCAGGGCACCCAGAAUACUACUCCGAACAACCAAGGCACCCAGGGCACCACUCCAAAUAACCAGGGCACCCAGAAUACUACUCCGAAUAACCAGGGCACCCAGAAUACUACUCCGAAUAACCAGGGCACUACUCUGGGUACAAACAACCAGGAUACCAACUCGGGCACCAACUCAGGCACGAACUCAGGCACCGCUCCAGGUACAAACAACUCGGGUACCAACUCAGGCACCACUCCGGAUACGAACAAUUCAGGCACAAACUCAGGUACCGCUCCAGGUACAAACAACUCGGGUACCAACUCAGGCACCACCCCUAAUUCGGGCACUACCCCCAACUCAGGCACUACUCCCAACUUAGGCACUACUCCCAACUCUGGCACCACUCCGAAUACCAACUCGGGCACCACUCCGAAUACCAACUCGGGCACCACUCCGAAUACCAAUUCGGGCACCACUCCGAAUACCAAUUCGGGCACCACUCCGAAUACCAAUUCAGGUACUACUCCUAACUCAGGCACUACUCCGAAUACCAACUCGGGCACCACCCCGGGUACGAACAACGCAGGUACAAGCAACCCAGGCACCAGUAGCCCAGGAACGAGCAACAACUCGGGUACUAGCAGCCCGGGAACGAGCAACAACUCGGGCACCAACCCAGGCACAACCCCAGAUACGAACAACUCAGGCACAAGCAACCCGGGCACAAGCAACCCGGGUACCAACCCAGGGACGAGCAGUCCUAGCACCAACUCGGGCACGAGCAAUCCGGGGACUAGCAAUCCCGUCACUAAGCCUCCCACGGAUCCUAAAGCACCCUCUGAUUGUACAAAGACGUAUGAAGUUGCCAAAGGCGACACAUGCGGCGCUAUUGCUGGAAAAUACGAUAUCACCUUCGAACAGUUACGGAAGUUGAACCCAUAUAUCGAUGAGGUCUGCUACAACAUAGAGAUUGGAAACGUCCUAUGCGUAGCUGCAGAUAGUGUACCGGCGACUAGCAAUCCUGUGACCAAGUCUCCCACGGAUCCUAAAGCACCCUCUGAUUGCACAAAGACGUAUGAAGUUGUCAAAGGCGACACUUGCGGCGCCAUUGCUGAGAAAUACGCUAUCACCUUCGAACAGUUACGGAAGUUGAACCCAUAUAUCGAUGAGGUCUGCUACAACGUAGAGAUUGGAAAUGUACUUUGCAUAGCUGCAGGUAGCGUACCGGCCACGGUAAGCCCCACUACUUCUGGUAUUACGACUGCGACAUCUGGAUCGUCGGGCAGCGCAACUGUCGGUUCAGCGUCUGGCUCAGGGGCUUCAACAGCAUCCGGAUCAGUGUCCGGAUCAGCUAUAGUCUCCGGAACGACAAGCUCAGCCACAGGCUCAAUCACAGUAUUGUCAGCUUCUGCGUCAAACAGCGCCGCGUCCGGCUCUGUUUCUGGAUCAAGCAGUACUGCAUCCCCGGGCUCUGCUUCUGCAUUAGGAAGCACCGCAUCCGGCUCCGUCUCUGGACCAAGCGCUAGUGCAUCUUCUGGCUCUGUUUCUUCAACGACAGGCUCUACCAUGCCGUCUCCCACCCCAUCAAACUGUUCGAAGUGGCACACAGUUGUUUCGGGGACUACCUGCUACAGCAUCACUGUGGACUACAACCUCUCUCUUGCUCAGCUGCAGCUUUUGAACCCGGGCAUCGUGUGCGACAGCCUGAACAUCGGGCAACAAAUUUGCGUCGCUGCGGCUUCAUCAACUGCCAGUUCGGGACUGACCACAAUUGCAUCUCAAUCAUCCACUACUGGUUCAGGGUCGGCCACUGUUGCGCCAUCCGCCACCCCAUCGAACUGUUCGAAAUGGCACACUGUUGUCUCGGGCACUACGUGCUACAGCAUCACUGUGAAUUAUAACCUCUCUCUUGCUCAACUGCAGCUUUUGAACCCGGGUAUCGUGUGCGAUAGCCCGAUUCUCGGCCAAAAAGUUUGCGUUGCUUCGCUGUCAUCCACUACUGGUUCAGGAUCGUCCAAUGCUACGUCUCAAUCCUCCAAUGUUGGUCCAGUGUCGGCCACCUCCGUGUCUCAAUCCUCCACUGUUAGUUCAGAAUCGUCCAAUGCUACGUCUCAAUCCUCCACUGUUGGUUCAGGGUCAGCCAACUCUGCCUCUAAAUCACUCAGUGCUGGUUCAGGAUCAGCCACCGUUGUGCUUCAAUCUUCAACGACAAUUUCUACUCCGUCAGCGUCUUCUAGCUGCUCCAAGUAUCACACGGUCGUGUCGGGCGAUGUCUGCUACAGUAUCAGCCAGAAAUACGGUCUCACUGUUGGUCAACUACAGACCAACAAUCCGGGUCUCGAUUGCGACAAACUAAUGCUUGGGCAAAACGUGUGCAUUGCCGUGCCAUCCUCCACGACUGGUUCAGCAACCUCCUCUAUUGUGACUCCUUCUGCAAUCCCUAGCGCCACCUUUGUGCCUAGCGAGGUCCAGCCUUGUUUCCCACCAAAAUCUGUUAGCGCCGUUCAACAAUACGACAUUUAUGGCCCAGGUACUGCAGCUUCCGGGCUGUCACAAUGUGCACAGACUUGCGGCACUACCGUUGGUUGUAGUUCCUACUUCCUCGUCCAUUACGAAGGAGAUUCGACCAGCAAAGAUGGUUACUGGUAUUGCGCAUAUGGCGUCAUUGCGGCAAAUGACGUUGGCUGCAGCACUUCUUCCAAGCGGGAUCUUAUCGGUAUCAAGCGCCAAACUAAGACCGGUAAUCCGUAUGCAAACAAGGCAGCGGAUGCUGCGAUCCUGUUGAACUACGCUGACCCUUCCACUCCCAUUCCCGCUCCGACGGCCAUAUCUUGCCCUGCUUCCGACAGGAGGUUUUACAACUCGUCAGGCGGAGCCUAUACCAUUGAAUGCGGAAUUGACCAUUUUGGUGGCAUUAUUAACACCUACUCGUCCACGCCAACCCUAGAGGAUUGCAUUGCCCGUUGCAAUGCCGAAACUGGAAGGCCUUGUGUUGAUGUCUCAUGGAGGAACGGAACUACUGGAGCAUGCGACACAAAGUACGAAGUUGGACCCAUAGUGACAGACCCCACUAUCUGGGGUGCUCGUCGCCUCGUUGGUAUCACUGGUGGCCCUAUUGUAGUAGCGGUACCACAACCUGCUGGGCCAUCUUCUGUUCCAACUUCCGGAGCUACUAGCAGCCCUACGUCCUCUAGUAUCUCCGUGACAUCGAGCACCUCUCCACGAGCGACUGUCACUAUCACUUCGGCCACGACCAUCACUACCACCGUGACCGUGACUACUGGUGGCACUACCUUGAUCUCUACCGUCACCUCGACCGUAUUUCUCACAGGCACCGUCUCGAGCAGUACCACGCAUUGGACAACAAGUGCUCCUGUGCCUACCGGAAACUACUGCGGGUACACUGAAGUGUUGACGAUUUGGCCGACACCAACGCCGACAGUGGUAAGGCGUUAAAGAGUGACAUUUGUGUUUUAUUUUUGGGAUUUAUUUGAAAAGCAAUCGAUGGUUCAAGAGACCAAGGGCAUGGGGUUUGCGAGAUUGGUAUUUUU